GCUGUGGAGAACAGCGCCGGUAGUGUUGCCCACUCUAUGCCCUUUCAAGACUUGCUAUUCAUGAUCAGAGACUGGAGACAGAGGCCACCGCACGUGUACGGUGUGAACGGCGGACAAAAUUAUUUAAACACUCGCCUCGAGACCAACGCCCGGCAACACGAGGCCGCCCGCAAUACCCGCCGGUUUAUACGUCAAAGUUUUGCUAAUAUUCAGUGCUAUUUAAUGCCCGAUCCGGGAGACAACGCUCAGAGCCCAGAGUUUAUCGGUUCACCCAAUCAAUUGAGCGAUGAUUUUAACACAAAUGUCAAGGAUUUUAGCAAUCUUUUCGUAAAUCCCGAUACGAUUAAUGUUAAGAUAAUUAAUGGCCAACCGAUCACUGGCCACGAGUUUGGCCGCUAUUUUGAGGACUAUGUAGACAUGUUUAACAGCGAUUCGGGUCCACGAGCUUGCGAUCUCAUUGAGGCCACACAUCGGGCCUACGAUAAUAAUUUUAUUGGCCAACUUAAGGACAAAUACACACAAGAGAUGUCGGCCCUAAUGGUUGACAGGCCUUUCCACGGGCGCCGACAACUGACCACUCAGUCAACCGAUUUAAUCGAUUCGUUAAAAUCAGAGUUUGGGUUCCGGAAGCGGUCGACCGCCGAGUCUGCCGUUCGGGAACUGACGGAUCAGUUGUGCCGCACUCUGGAGGCGGCCUUCAGACAGAUAUACGAAGAGAAUGAGAACCGACGGCUGACGGCCACCAACGAUAAAGUCACUGAAUUAGUGACUCAAUUUAAACUGGAUAUUGGCUGCCAUAUUAGGCCCGGCGACUACCUGUCCGAUCAUACCCUGGGCAAAAUUAUUGACACAAAAAAGGAGUUCAUGAUCAAUUUGUUUGACGCGUUUGCCGUACAGGACACGGAUCAGUGCGCUGAACAUAAGCGCCGGUUAUUAACACAAUUGGAAAGCGAGGAAAUGUUGUUUAAAAGUAACAAUAGUCGAGCCGUACGGGAGUUAAUCACACAAUACGAAAGCAUAAUCACUGCAUGCAAAGCACAAUACGACCAGAAAAUGAACGAGUUAUUCGAGGAUGAGGACAAAUUUUACCCAAAUGAAACACUGGACACACUGAGCGCCGACAUAUUGAGCACAUUAGCCGACGAGCUAAUACAGGCCGAUGUGGGCACAGAAGUGGUGCCCAUUGAGCCCUACAGACAGGCGUUGGACACAUACGUGAGGGACAAGUAUCGCAACUAUCGCGAGAUUAACCGCCGGCGCGCCGACAACGACCGGUCGGCGAUGGGCGUAGUGUUGGGUAAUCUGACCAAACUAUAUGAGGACGCGUUGAACGACUGGAUCCAAUUGACCGACACGGAGGACAGGCAACUGUAUCUGGACGAGAGUCGACACAUUCGCACCCGUAUUGUGUCGGAGAAUAAGUCGAUAUAUCGGCAACGGCUGGACUUAAUGGAGUUGAACGCACUCUUCGACGACAUGGAGCGGGAAAUGCUGGACGUAUUCGCCGAAGAGGUGGAAAAGAGGCACACGUUGUUGGCCCGACUCGCCGACAAAGUGAUACAAUGGUAUUUCAAUGAGAUUGAUAUCAAGUAUGGCGACCGGCGGUACAUACGGCCCGACACGUUGGCGGACAUUCAUGAGUCGCUGGUGGCGGCGGCUGUGGCGCGUUUUGCAAUCGAGCGUGGCCAUAUCACCAUGGACAAAUUCACAGAGUUUAUAGGCAAAACACUACAACCGGUUUACAAUAAGGUGGUCGAAAAAAAUAACCAAAACGCGUCGGCGCUGACGGCCAUUGGCAUUGAUUUGGGCACAACCAACAGCUGUGUCGCCUACUUUAAACCGGGCAAAACGGCACAGUCGGGCGCUAUUAAAGUGUGUCGUAAUCAACACGGCGUCGGCAAUAGCGAUGUGACCCCCAGUUGUGUCGAGUAUAGAGAUAAUGGAGAGGUAGUGGUGGGAGAGAAGGCGAAGGACAACCUGUUGGCCAACCGACAGAACAUUAUCUAUUCGGCCAAACGCCUGAUUGGGCGCCCCUUUAACGACCCGGACGUUACCAGAUAUAGACAGUACUGGCCUUUCGAUGUCGUGGAUAUGGGCGACGGCGCGGCCGGCGUUGAGGUAGAAGUGGACGGCGAGUCCCGUCAACUGUUGCCCGAAGAGGUGUCGGCGGAUGUGUUGCGCAAAAUGAAAGAGGUGGCCGAGAGGGACAUCGGGCACGCGGUGAUUGAUGCGGUGAUAACUGUGCCUGCUUACUUUACAGAUGCCCAGCGCGAGGCCACCAGAGGGGCAGGUAUUAUGGCCGGCCUUAACGUAUUAUCUAUUAUUAAUGAGCCCACGGCUGCCGCACUAGCCUAUAAGCUCGACCGGUUUGAAGACACCGGCAGUAGGACCGUGCUCAUCUACGAUUUCGGUGGCGGCACAUUCGACGUGGCAAUACUGCGUCUGUCGAUGGGAGAGGUGAGAGUGUUGGCAGUGGGCGGCGACAACCACUUGGGCGGCGACGAUCUGGACAACAACAUUAUCGACCACUGUUUGCGCGAGUUUUACGCCCAGACGGGGGUAAUGGUCGACAAGAACACCGUUGAGGGCGACCGAGCCUUUCGGGGGCUUAAGGACAAGUGCGAGCGCGAGAAGUGGCGUCUGUCCGAAAUGACUUCGGCCACCAUUACAGUGGACAACAUCGCCGACGGUCACGAUCUGGUGGUCGAGUUGACCCGUACCGAGUUUGAGACGCUGAACAUGGACCUUUUUGAUCGCACUAUGGACUGCGUGACUAACACUCUGGCCGGUGUCAACGAGGGCGCCGGUAUGUCGCCCGACGAGAUCGACGAUAUAGUACUGGUCGGCGGCUCGACGUAUAUCCCGUACGUUAAGGAUAUGAUUAGGCGUUACUUCAAUGGCCGCCAACCGUCCCAAACGGUGAACCCGAUGCUGGCCGUGGCUGAGGGCGCGGCACUAAAGGCUGCUAUACUGGCCGGCGGCCAAGCUCACUUACAAAGCCAACUGCGCGUAUUGGACGUCACCCCACACACGCUGGGCGUAAAGAUCAAGGGUAACGUAAUGAGCCGUAUCAUACCGGCCCAGUCGCCAGUGAACGGCAAACCACACAGAAAACGAUACACAACUGUUGCAAAAAAUCAGCCCACCAUUGAGGUGGAGGUGUACGAGGGCGAGGACGACGUGGCCACCAAUAAUACCCUAUUGGGUAAGUUUGUAGUGAUGGAUAUACCGCCGGGUGAGGCCGGAGACCAAGACGUGGACGUUAUGUUUUGCGUCAACGACGACGGCAUAUUAAAGGUGAGGGCGACUGUGCUCUCUCAGGGCACGUCCGAGGAGUAUGAGGUGCAGGAGUAUAAGAGUGGCCGACUGUCCCCCGAAGAGCUGCUCCGCCGCCGACAUUGA